AUGUCAAUGAAAAAAUUUAAGAGUCGUGAAAGAGGCAGAUCAAGAACAAGAAGUACAAAGUCACUGGAAUCAAUAAUUUAUGAGCUUUUGGAUUCCAGAAAAUUGAAAAGUCGUGAGCUCUCAGAUUUUAGAAAAUUGAAAAGUCGUGAGCUUCCAGAUUCUAGAAAAUUGGAAAGUCAUGAGCCCUUGGAAUUCAGAAAAUUGAAAAGUCAAAAAUCAAAAAAUCAAAGAAGCCACAGUAGCAGUUCGUUUCCUGAACCUAGAAAGUUAAGAAAAUCUAAAAGCUGCAGUAGCAGUUCGUCUCCUGAACCUAGAAAGCUAAGAAAUUCUAAGAGUCAUCAUAGCAGUUCGUUCUCUGAACCUAAAAAGCUGAGAAAUUCUAAGAGCCGCAGUAGCAGUUCGUCUUCUGAACCUAAAAAGCUAAGAAAUUCUAAGAGUCAUCAUAGCAGUUCGUCUCCUGAACUUAGAAAGCUAAGAAAUUCUAAAAGUCAUCAUAGCAGUUCAUCUCCUGAACCUAGAAAGCUGAAAAAUUCUAAGAGCUACAGUAGCAGUUUGUCUCCUGAACCUAGAAAAAAUGUCAAAAUUUCUUUAAAAUUAGAUCUAGAAUUAGAAGCAGCAAUUAAAGAGAAACAUUCUAAAAAUAAAUAUAUUGAAAUUGAUUCAUUUACCGAACAAGAUCAAGCGAAUUAUUUAUUAGAAUAUAUAAAAUGGGCCGAAAGAGGAAAACAAAAGGAGAUAAACCCGAAGGAUUUAAUUCUAAAUUUUAGCGAUGUAAAUAUAAGUAAAUUAUUUGUGUCGAAUAAAUCAAUUGGUAAAAAGCUGGUCACUCACAAAAUAUCUGAAGAAUAUGGCAUUGCGAGUUCUUCUAAAUCCUGGGAUAAUUCAGAUAAAAGACAAUGA